CUCAAAGAGAAUUGGCUAAAAAAAAACCUACCGGCUUCAUCAUCAAAAGGAUUUUCCCUCUUUUUCUUUCCUUUUUUCAAGCCUCUAUCUUUUUAAUCACCUCUCGUGGUCUCUGUUUUUCACCAUCACUUUCAGCCUCGCCGAAUUGACCCAAUUAUUGAUUUAUCUAUCAUUUCAUGUGUGUUCUUAGUUUUCAACAGCAUUGAUGUUCGACCACUUCACGUCAUUGACUUGCCAGCGUCAGACAGGAGUUGCCAUUUAUUUAGCAUUUUGGUGACAUUGCAGUUCAUCAGCUUGACUUCUAUCCAUUCAAAAUACAAAUGGCAGAUUUUUUGUUUUAUUUUACAAAAAUGGAAGAUGUGUUGACUCGUAUGCGUGAAGCUGACUGGAAAGAAACGGAAUAAUUUUGCGAGUGUGUGUGUUUAUCUGUGUGUGAGCUACAAAAGGAGGCACAGCAAUCGAUGGAUGCAUAGCAAACCACACAGUUCAUUUCCUUAUUCAUCUCAUCUUUUAUAUUUCCACGUUUUUUUCUGAAGGAGAUUUAAAGCCUCUUAUCUUCAUUACAUGAAGAUUAUGGGAAGUGGGACUUUUGAGCAGCCGUCACCUUGAUAAAGCCACUCUGGAUAUAGCUGUUUUUCCUGUGGAAUUACCCUUUAAAUCCUGGAUUUGAUUCCUAAUGACAAAAAUAAUUAACAAUAAUCAAAAACUGCUCUAAAUUCGGGACCCUUUUUUUUUUUUUGACACUUUUUUUUGACUGAUUUCAAUAUUUCUUUUUCAACUAUUGAAUCGGAAUGGGAUUUUACUAACACGGAUUAAAGACUCAAGCAGCAUCUUUGUCUCUUAGUUUGUAUGAUCAUUUUUUUCCUGCCUACAAAAUUGAUUAGAUUUAGCAUUUGUCAGUGUUAAGGGUUAAAUAGACUGGCUGACGUCAGACAAACAAGCAACGCUAAACAUCUCUUCAGAGGAACAGAAGUGAAGCUGCUCCUGUGGAGCACAAUUACCUCGGAAUUGCUGCUUUACCCUCCUGACCCCUCGAGGAUUUCACCUAAAACUGCUUUGAGCCUCCCUCAGUCUGAGGCUAUGAGAGGGAGAGAGGAGUCCCAGGCCGCACCAUCAUGCUACUUCUGAGACGCUGGGAUGAGUCUUUGGCUGGCAAAACACAAGGUAUUACCCUCCCACUCCUCCACCAUGCCUGUCUGCAGCUGCAGCAGCCCCUCCCUGCCUCCUGGCCAUGCUGGGUCCUCCACCUAUGCCCCCUCCAUCGCCCAGGGGCACGAGAGGCCAGCACAACCCCGACAUCCACCUCCACCUCCGCCGCUGUCACUUCACUGCCGCACCAGCAUUUCUUUCUGCCUAUCUCUUCUUCUCCUGCUCCUUUGCCUUCUCCACCUGCCCCCCGCCUGCCACUCACGGAGAGAGAAAGGUGGGGGAGGCGGCGGCGGCGGUGGUGGUCACUACAUACCCAUCCCGCAACCUCCGCCGCACCACAUGGCCCUGCCCAACAUCCUGCGAGGCCUCAGCAUUGCUGUCGUCCUGGUGGGGAACUCUAGCGAAAUGGCGCUGGCCGGGGCCCGGGAGAAAGAGGACUUUCUCCACAUGGCACCCAAUGUGGAGCUGCUGACCAUGAAUGAGACGGACCCUAAAAGCAUCAUCAAGAGCAUAUGUGACCUCAUGACUGAACACUGGCUGCAGGGUGUCGUGUUUGGGGAUGACACUGACCAGGAGGCCAUCGCCCAGAUCCUGGACUUCAUUUCAGCCCAGACGCAUAUUCCAAUUCUAGGAGUCCGUGGGGGCUCCUCCAUGAUCAUGGCUGCCAAGGAUGACCACUCCAUGUUCUUUCAGUUCGGCCCCUCCAUCGAGCAACAGGCAUCGGUCAUCCUGAACAUCAUGGAGGAAUAUGACUGGUACAUCUUCUCCAUCGUCACCACGUACUACCCGGGUUACCAGGACUUUGUCACCAAGAUCCGUAGCACCAUUGAGAACAGUUUUGUGGGCUGGGAACUGGAGGAAGUUUUAUUACUUGACAUGUCGGUCGAUGACGGAGAUUCAAAGAUCCAGAACCAGCUGAAGAAGCUCCAGAGUCCUGUUAUCCUGUUGUACUGCACAAAAGAGGAGGCCAACACCAUCUUUGAGGUCGCCCACUCUGUUGGGAUCACUGGCUACGGCUUCACAUGGAUAGUGCCCUCGCUGGUCGCUGGAGACACUGUUGUCGUGCCUGCCGAGUUCCCCACAGGUCUGCUCUCGGUGUCCUACGACGAGUGGGACUACGGCCUGGAGGCCCGUGUUCGUGACGGUGUGGCAAUAAUCACUAUGGCGACCUCCACCAUGAUGAUGGAUCGCGGACCUCACACCCUGCUGAAGUCUGAGUGCCACGGAGCUCCUGAAAAGAAAACCCCCAUCUCAGGCAACCCCAAUGAAGUGCUCAGGUAUCUGAUGAAUGUGACGUUCGAGGGACGUAAUCUGUCAUUCAGCGAGGACGGAUACCAGAUGCACCCCAAGCUGGUCAUCAUUCUGCUCAACAAGGAGAGACAGUGGGACAGGGUGGGCAAGUGGGAGAACGGCUCCCUUUCCAUGAAGUACCAUGUGUGGCCGCGCUAUGAGCUGUAUGGGGGGGCAGCAACCAGGGAGGACGACCACCUGUCCAUCGUGACUUUGGAGGAGGCUCCGUUCGUCAUCGUGGAAGACGUGGAUCCUCUGAGCGGGACCUGCAUGAGGAACACCGUUCCCUGCCGCAAGCAGAUCAAGAUAGGUAAUCAAACAAAGGAGUCGGGCAUCUACAUCAAGCGCUGCUGUAAGGGUUUCUGUAUCGACAUCUUGAAGAAGAUCGCCAAGUCUGUGAAGUUCACCUACGACCUUUACCUGGUGACCAAUGGCAAACAUGGCAAGAAGAUCAAUGGAACGUGGAACGGCAUGGUCGGGGAGGUGGUGUUAAAAAACGCUCACAUGGCUGUCGGCUCCUUGACCAUCAAUGAGGAAAGGUCAGAAGUCAUCGACUUCUCCGUCCCCUUCAUCGAGACGGGCAUCAGCGUCAUGGUCUCCCGGAGCAACGGCACUGUGUCUCCUUCGGCCUUCUUAGAGCCCUUCAGUGCGGAUGUGUGGGUGAUGAUGUUUGUGAUGCUCUUGCUGGUGUCAGCAGUGGCUGUGUUUAUAUUCGAGUACUUCAGCCCUGUGGGCUACAACCGCUGUCUGGCUGACGGCAGAGAGCCUCAUGGUCCGUCCUUCACCAUCGGUAAGGCCAUCUGGCUGCUGUGGGGUCUGGUCUUCAACAACUCUGUGCCGGUGCAGAACCCCAAAGGCACCACCAGUAAGAUCAUGGUGUCAGUGUGGGCCUUCUUUGCUGUCAUCUUCCUGGCCUCGUACACUGCCAAUCUGGCCGCUUUCAUGAUCCAGGAGGAAUACGUGGACCAGGUAUCGGGUCUCUCGGACAAAAAGUUCCAGAGUCCCAAUGACUUUUCGCCUCCAUUUCGGUUUGGCACCGUCCCAAACGGGAGUACAGAGAGGAACAUUAGGAACAACUAUCCAGAAAUGCACUCCUACAUGACCAAGUUCCAUCAGAGAAACGUCAAUGAGGCCCUGGCGAGUCUCAAGGCUGGCAAACUAGACGCUUUCAUUUAUGACGCCGCCGUCCUGAACUACAUGGCUGGCAGGGACGAGGGCUGCAAGCUGGUGACCAUUGGCAGCGGCUACAUCUUUGCCACCACGGGAUACGGCAUCGCCAUUCAGAAGGAGUCGCUCUGGAAGAGACACGUGGACCUGGCCAUCCUGCAGCUCUUUGGAGACGGUGAGAUGGAGGAGCUGGAGUCCCUGUGGCUGACGGGGAUCUGCCACCACGAGAAGAACGAGGUGAUGUCCAGUCAGCUGGACGUGGACAACAUGGCGGGCGUCUUCUACAUGCUCGGCGCCGCCAUGGCCCUGUCACUCAUCACCUUCAUUUGUGAGCACUGGUUCUACUGGCAGCUUCGCUUCUGCUUCAUGGGCGUCUGCUCCGGCCAGCCCGGCUUCGUCUUCUCCAUUAGCAGGGGCAUCUACAGCUGUAUCCACGGCGUGCAGAUAGAGGAGAAAAGCAGUUCAGCACUGAACUCCCCGUCAGCCACCAUGAACAACACCCACUCCAACAUCAUGCGCCUGUUGCGCACCGCCAAGAACAUGGCCUCGCUCUCAGGGGUGAACGGCUCGCCACACAGUGCUCUGGACUUCAUCCGUCGGGAAUCCUCGGUUUAUGACAUCUCUGAACACCGGCGUAGCUUGGCGGGCCACUCGGACUGCAAGCCGCCGUAUAUACCGGAAGACAACAUGUUCAGCGAUUACAUCAGUGAGGUGGAGAGGACGUUUGGCAACCUCCACAUGAAGGACAGUAAUCUGUACCAGGACCAUUACCUGCAUCACCAUGGCUCGACUCCAGGGCUCAGCGGACCUCCUCCCAACAGGCCCCUCAGUUUGGGCAGCGCUAGUUCACUGGAGGGCGGCAUGUUCGAUUGUGACAGCCUCGGUGGUGGGGUGGCCCCUAUUUUUACCACGCAGCCCUGCUCUGCACUGACCCACAGGAACAUGAGCAAGUUUGACUUGCUGUCUGGGCAGACUCCGCCCUCAGGCCAGGGCUUCACAGGAGCCCUGCCAGACCUGUAUGGGAAGUUCUCCAGUUCCACCUACAUCCCUGGACCCAGCUAUAUUCCAGGCAGAGGAGAUGAUGAUGGGAAUAUACGCUCAGAUGUCUCAGACAUUUCCACGCACACUGUAACAUAUGGAAACCUGGAGGGCAACGCCAAGAAGCGCAAAAAGUACCGUGAUAGCUUGAAAAAGAGGCCGGCCUCUGCCAAGUCCAGACGGGAGCUGGACGAGAUUGAGCUCGGCUACAGGAGGAAACCGUACCACAUCAGCCAUCACCACUACCACAACCACCGCUCUGCCUCUCCACCACCUUUGCCCUCUGAACGCAAGAGAGGAGGAGGAGGAGGAGGAGGAGGAGGUGGAAACAAUGAUGACAAUUCAUAUCUCUUCAGAGAAAAGGAGAGUGUUAGGGAUUUUUAUUUGGACCAGUUUCGGCCCAAGGAGGGCGUCCCUCAGUGGGAGCAUGUGGACCUGACCGAGGGCCCUAGGAAUAGAGAUGGGGGUGUGGGGCCUCUGGUGCCAGUGGAUGACUUUCUUAAGAGUAAACCCAAAAAGUCUGACUCAAAGGGUGGAGGAUCUGGGUUGGCAGGGGGAGAGUGGGAAUGCAGGAACUGUCGGGCUAGCGGGGGAGGAGGGAGCAAGCAGAUGUCCAUGCAUGGAGGAGGGGGUGGGUAUGGUGGUGGUAUGAGCUGCGGGUCUUCGGCAGGCGGAGGAAACAGCCGGCCCAGCUCUGCAACCUGCAUGCGCUGCGAGGGCUGUAAAAAGACAGGGAACCUCUAUGAUAUCAGCGAGGACAACAACCACCUCUUGGAACAGAUGGGUGAAGGCCAAGGUGGGGGAGGAGGUAUGGGCGCAGGCCCUCAAUCUCAGGCCCAGCAGAGGAGGAAGAGUGGAGGAUUCGGCAAACCACUACGGCGGCAGCACUCGUACGACGCAUUUGUUGACCUUCAGAAAGAGGAGUCAGGUGGGAUGGGAAGUAUGAUGGGGGGUCUGGGUGGAGGCAUGAGCGGCGCCGGCAUGGGAGGGAUGCUGCCCCCACCCAGGAGCGUUAGUUUGAAGGAGAAAGAACGCUACAUGGAGGGCACCAGCCCCUUCGCACACAUAUUUGAGCGUCACGGUGGAUCGGAGAGAGAACGGGAAAGGGACAGAGAUCCGUUGUUUUAUGGAGGUGAGGGCCGGAAAGGACCUGGCUCACCAUUCGGCCUGUUUAGAGGUGGAGAGGGCCUCCACCGCCGCUCCGUUGGUGAGAGGGACAUGAGAGACAGGGAUAGGUCUUUGAUGGAAGGAGGAGGUGGAGGAGCUUUUUCUUUAUCCAAAUCUCUUUACCCUGAUCGGGUAAACCAAAACCCCUUUAUACCCACCUUUGGUGACGACCAGUGUCUGAUGCACGGAGCCAAACAAUAUUACAUGAAAAAGCAACAGCAGCAGCAGCAGCAACAAGUUGCCAAAAACAGCCGAAGUGACUUGAGGGGCCAGAUGAGCACGACGUCAUAUCUGCCAGCAUCUGCCACGGCCGGGGUGGUGUCCAAUGUAGCACCCCGGUUCCCAAAAGAGCUCAGCCUUGGUGGAAUGAACCACCACGGCUCCAUGCUGGGGGUCGGACCCCCGCGUCCCUUCAAUGGAAGCAAUGGCCAUGUGUACGAGAAACUCUCCAGUAUUGAGUCUGAUGUGUGAAAGAAAAAGUAAUGGAGGAGGAGGAGGAGCAGACGAGGGCAACGGAGAAGGAGGAGGAGGAGAGGGAUCCAGUGCUUAGAGAUCAGGGAUGAUUUUAAAAGAUGCUGUUCACACACACACUGCACAUCUGGAUCAUAUCAGACACGAGAGAUGAAAGGCAAAGGAGGAAAAGACUGAAUGGUAGAGUUCAAUCUUGCAUCAGGACACUCUGAGGAGGUGUGGAUUGUUAACCCUCUUUCAGAAAUGGCCAAAGCUCCUCUACAUUUGUGUCCUAACAUGGUCAAUUAACGUUCCCCUCAACUCACAGAGUCCAUCAAUUCACCCUCCAGUGAGGCAGAAUCAACGUACUCGGUUAUUAACACAGCGGGACGACACCUCGUCCUCGUUUGAUAUCGGACACGUGAGCCUGGUGUUAUUUGAUAGCUGUCUGAGAGCUGAGAGCUCCCGCCGAGAGCUUUUGAGGAAAGACUGCGAGAGCGGAGAGUGGAGAGAGAGAGAGAGAGAGAUGGAGAGAGAGGAGUGAACUGGCCAUCUGCCCCUGUGUCACCACUGAAAGAAGACAUUGUCACGUUUACCAGAGCUGUGACACAGGAGGUGACGAGUGGAAGGAGACAGCUUAGUCGUGCACUCUCUCCUCCUCCUCCUCCUCCUCCUCCUCCUCCUCAUCCCCGACGCCAAAAGAGCCGAUCUUGUUUGCUAUGAGAAAUACAAUCAUAAAUGAUAAUAACAUAUUCUUAUAGAAAAAAAAAAAAAACAGGGUAUCAGAACAACAAUAAUAUUGAUGACAUUGUGAAUAAUGAUGUUAGUAUUGUUUAUGAUAACACAGCUUUUUUCUUCUUUCAUUUCUUGUUAUUAGAAUCUUUCACUGCUGUUUUUAGUACCUGUAAUAGUAUUGAGUUUGCUCCUGGUGACAGCAGCAAGGCUAUUCUGUUGAAAGACUAAGUCAUUCUCUUUUCUUUUCUUUUCUUUUCCUCUUUGUUGACUCUUUUUACUCCAUGCUCAUUUCUUUAUUUGCUCCUUGUGGAAAAACGACAGGAUCUCACAGAGGCGUUUGGAGCCGACACAACCUCGACUUGACAUUUCAAGAGACAUCACAAAUCAAGUGCACACAAACAGACUCAAACACACACUCGGUUUGCACGUGUGUUACUGUGAACAACACGUUAUUUGUUUGUUUUUUUUUGUCACAAGCUGAAGAUACUGAGAGGAAGGACGUGCCUUAACGGUCUCCAGUGGAUGUGUCCUCCAGUUUACGCGUGGCUCUGGACGCGGCAGCACCAGGACGGACCCGGCGUGCUGUUUGUGCUGCUGCUGUUUGUGCUGCUGCUGCUGCUGCUGCUGCUGCUGCUGCUGCUGCUGUGUUUUCCUCUUCACGCUCAUGAGCCAAAACUGCAGUAAACAUUUACAGCAGGCUUGAGACGACGACGCUGCCGUUGAGAUGUUUUAUAACUUUGUGAAAUAAUUUCAUAUGUCAAAGUAUGGGCAGCGCUUUUUAUGAAGCGCUCGUAUUCAGGACGUCCCACUGUCACGGAUUGACCGAUGGGUCUCACUUCACAACACGGCAGCCUUUAGACCACUUGUUUUAUUCAGGUUACAUAACAAUAGUCACCAGGCACUUACUUUCUUUGGCCUCUCACUAGUAUCUCGCAGACGGCAUUACUUUUCCGCUCAUGUAAGGAGUCUGAGAGGCGCGCGAUCGCAGACAGGUUUUUUUUUCUCCCAGACAAUAUAUGCACUGUCCUUUAGUCGGCAAACUGCUCCAGAGAACACGUGAGCGUCGCUGCCCUGUGACAAUGGCGCUGAGGAGGAUGUCUAUUUGAGAGAGGCCUCUCGAACGCUGACUUGAGGCGGCCAUCUUGUGAAAGCUUUCAGGCUUUUCUGCUUUGACUCAUGACGUUCAGUCUUUUUCGGUUGGAGAGGCCUCGUUUAUUGCACAGGACCUUUUUACUCAGUGUAGGUUCAGGCACUCGGUAGACAUGCCUUAUCAUCCCCCCCUCCACCCCCCCCC